AUGUCCUCGAUACGUUCAGUCAUCGCCGCCGGGCUGCUUGGCCUUUCGCUCCUUACCCGCGUUCUUGGAGAUAACCCCAUUAACCCCGGCUUUCCGUAUGGCGCACAGAAAGUCCGCGGUGUCAACCUCGGCGGUUGGCUCGUGCUAGAGCCUUGGAUCACUCCCAGUCUCUUCGACCAGACUGGGAACGACGCGAUCAUCGACGAAUGGACGUUCGGGCAGUAUCAGGACUACAAUACCGCACACAGCGCGCUUGUUAACCACUGGAAUUCCUGGAUAACCGAAGAGGACUUCGUCCAAAUUGCCGCCGCCGGCCUCAACCACGUACGAGUCCCGAUCGGUUAUUGGGCCUUUGAGGUCGGUCCCGGCGAGCCUUACAUACAGGGCCAACUACCCUAUCUGCAACGAGCCGCUACAUGGGCCGGCAAUCAUGGUCUGAAGAUGAUUGUGGAUCUGCAUGGAGCACCCGGCAGUCAGAAUGGUUUUGACAACUCCGGCCAGAAGAUGGAUUUCCCUCACUGGCAUUCCAACGGUACUAACGUUGCUCGUACGAAUGCCAUCAUCAAGAGAAUCGCCGACAUGUUCAAGGACAACGCGAAUGUUGUCACCACCAUCGCUCCUCUGAACGAACCUGCAGGCUUUGAUGGACAAGAUGUCCUCGAUACAGUCCGUCAGUACUGGCGCGACUCGUACGGCAACAUUAGAUAUCCCUAUGGCAGUUCACGGGAGAGCAAUACCCUGGUUCUACUCCACGAUGCUUUUCAGCCUCUGGAUUACUGGAACGGCUUCUUGACAGCGCCGGAUGCCCAAGGCGUCGCGAUGGACACCCACAUCUACACCAUCUUCUCCGACCAGGAGGAAUCCAUGUCCGAGUCCCAGCAUAUAUCCACCGUGUGCGGGAAACAGUCGUCCCUCUCCUCCUUCGACCUUUGGGUGAUCGUGGGCGAGUGGACCCCCGCGAACACCGACUGCGCGAAGUACCUGAACGGCCGCGGCGUCGGGGCGCGGUACGACGGGUCCUACCCCGGCUCCCCGUGCGUAGGGAGCUGCAAUGGCAAGACCGGCGCCGCGUCCUCGUUCAGCUCGAGCUACAAGACGUUCCUGCGGAAGUUCUGGGAAGCCCAGGUGAUCUCGUACGAGAAGGGCUCCGGCUGGAUCCAGUGGACGUGGAAGGCGGAGAACGCGGACGAGUGGUCGUACCAGGCGGGUUUGGCCAACGGAUGGAUCCCGCGCGAUCCUACCGACUUGCAGUAUCCGAACAUCUGCGGGUGAGCGAGUCAAACAAUACUAGUACUUCACUGUCUUUUUCCUUUUCUUGACGAACUCUUGAUGCCUGUGACGGACUUAUUAUAGAAAUCAGUAGUACCCUACCUAGACACGUUAUAGUACCGC